AUGUCCAAAUUGAAAAGCCAAACUGUUUCCAAUUAAGCUUUAUGCAAUGAUACCUCAAUUCAAUAAUAGAACCAUCAAUAAGUGAAGCAAGAGAACCAAUACAAUUUGAGUAGCACUGAUUGUAAAAGGCAGAAAUCCUUCUUAGGAGAUCGAUUUGUUACACAAUUAAAGAAGAAUUUUAGUAUCAUUCAGGAAAACUAAAUGGAGAGCCAAGACAUUGCAUCAGCACAAAUGGCAUUGGAGAUGCUUUAUAAAUAGUAAAUACUGGAAUAGGAACCCAUAUUUGAGUCAGACUCAAUGUAAUUUAUCAAUCAAAGUGGAUUUUAAUACAAUCAGCAGAAUAAUUUCGACAUCCACAACUCCAAAAUUUACAACAGUAUUCUGAUAGAUCAUAAGUACUUCACAAUAUCAGAAACUCUCUCUAAUUAUUACGGUAAGUAUGUGCGAAAAAUACCGAAAGUUCCAUUUAAAGUUCUUGAUGCACCACAACUUUAAGAUGAUUUUUAUUUGAAUCUGAUUGAUUGGAGCAACUAGAAUUCCUUAUCAGUUGCAUUGAAUUCUUGCGUAUAUUUAUGGAAUGCAUAAUCUUCGAAAGUUACAAAAUUGUUGGAUCUCCAUAAUGAUUCAGUUACAAGUGUGGCAUGGUCACUUAGAGGACCGCAUUUGGCUGUUGGAACCAAGACAGGAGAAGUCUAAAUUUGGGAUGCUAUUAAAUUAUAGAGAGUUCGCACUUACAAGGGACACAUUGCAAGAGUAGGGACAUUGUGCUUUUCAGAUAAUGUGCUGAGUAGUGGCUCAAGAGAUAAACUAAUAUUGUAGAGAGAUUUGCGAUUAAAGGGAAAUUACUUUUCUGAAACAGUCAGCCCACAAAUAAGAAGUUUGUGGUUUGAAAUGGUCACCUGA